CUAAUUGGAGUUUGAUACGGAAACUCACGCUUAUUUUCCCUUGGCAAUAUUGUUAUAUACAUUAUACAAAAAACCAAUAAUCUCACAAAAUACAUUCUGCCAUGUUGCGUUAUAGUUUAGUUGACGGCGUGGUUCGCUGUUUCCGUAAGAAGGCGGCGUUGCAAAACGAUGAGCUAAGUAGUGAUGAAGAAGAAGAUUAUGAAGAAGUAGAAGAUUUUGAAUUGCAGGAGAAAAUGAAGGAGGAGAAGUACGAGAAAUACUUCAAACAAGUUUCUGCUUCAGGGGGUUUUGAUGUGGACAGCCUUUGUUCUGAUUCAUCUCUUGUCGAUGAAAUCCGCCCUCUUUUACGCGUCGGAGGAGAGCCCGACGAGGAUCUCAAAGUUAUGACUGAUUUUGCAAUUGAACAACAGAAUAAACAAGAGGGCACCAAUCUUCAACUGGUUAAAAUCGUUAAAGCUAAUUUCGGAUUAGUGUCGGGCGGAAUGUACUAUAUCACCAUAGAAGCAAAAGAUGGUGAGGAAAAUAUUAAUACAUAUCAAGCUCAAGUCUAUGAUGGAUUUAAACACCGCGAACUUGAGUUGUUUAGAGUACAAUCCAGCAGUAACAGCGAAUCCAGCGAUAACGUAUAUGAUUAAGCAGGUGAUGGGGCUUUGUUCCUCAACUUUCCAGUUGCCAGAAUCUUUAUCAUUUGAAUUAGUUUUGCUGGCUCUCUGUUUUCUUUGUUUUUUUUAGCCUAAAGUGCGUUAUGCCCUUAUGUAAUGCAUGUGUGAAUAAUUUUUCUGAAAGUAGACUAAUAAAUA